GUCUGAAGGGCAAAUUAACAUGAAAAUGCGUAAACACGACACACGUUCGUUCGCACGUUCGGCUGGAAAAAUUUCGUUACUCGUUGCGCGUACAAAGAAAAAGAAUUUCGCUCGGCCAAGGGAAGCGCCCCACGAGGAUUCACCCCUGUUGGCAGAAGUGACGACGACGCCAUGUCGACGUUCACCCCCUAUAGUUGGUCCGUGCUGCAACCCCCGUUGCGUCCCCAGUUGACCGUGAAUCGCGUCGAGCAAGUAUAUUCCUGGAGAUUUUCGUUUUAUUCGUCGUGCUGCGAGGUUUCGUCGCCACCAGGUCACUGUCGCUAGGCGAAUCUGUGCUAUGAAUGAAGACCCACCCCUUUCAUUUCGAGGUCUUGAUAGUGUUACUCUUAUGCGUAAUCCCCUGGCCAGGACCCAGCGUGUUUAAAAUAUCAUGCCCCCGAGAUCGAGCGUCCGUGGUGAGGAGGAUAGUGCAGAAGAGAUGGAUGCCAAUCCUGAAGAAACACCAAGUCGAGAUGCCGUUGGACUGUCCGUUUCACGAAAGUCGAGACAUUUUCCGGCCACAGCAAAAGGCGAAGCACCAGCACAGGCCGUCGCAAUGGACCUGCGGUCUCUGUGGCAAGUCUUUCUACGCGGAGAAACACUUGGAUGUCCAUUUCGAUAACAGACACAAGAGUAACGUGAACACGGCGGAGGACGCGGUAUGCCUCGCGGACUACUGCGACAUCAUGAGGUGCGACGUGUUGGGCAACCGGGAUUUCGAAAGUUCCCUGGUGGACGACGAGGCUGGCCACCAUAGCACCGACAUACAGGUGUGGAAGGAAAACACGGAGAAACGUUCCACUUCGGUGAUGCCCUGCGAGUCGCGAGGCAGUUUCUCCAGGACGUAUCCGGUGGAGAAAGCCUGCGCUGUAGCCGGUGGUGGAGCUGUCAGCAACAUUCAGCAAUACUGUCAUCGAGAGGACAACGGAGGAUUGGAGAAUCGGCACUUGCCAGGAGCAGCGUUCCGCGUCGAGAUGCCCGGGCCAGACAACAAGAGCAACGCCUGCGACAACGAGGACGAGGAGGACGAGGAGGACGAGGACGACGAGGAGAACCUCGUGGAGGCGGCUCUGCCAGCCGUGGACAAGAAACAGAGGCGCAAGGGGUUGCAUCUGAGGAAGCUGAAGGCCAACUGCAAGCCGGAGGAGCUGCAGAAGCUGAAGUUGCAGUGCGAAGUUCUCAUCCACGAUUGCAUCGCUGGACUUUUGGCGAACCUCUCGAUACGAGAUUUUCAGGAGAUCGAAGGAGAGUUGAACCGCGCGAUAUGCUGGUAUCUCAGCUGCGACAGGUAUUGGGAGGACACGAAAAGGCAACAGAGGCACACACCCUGGUAUCUGUUAUCCAUUUUUCUGGUCAUACUGUUUUCGUCGAUUUACGCGUGCUACUACAUUAUUUGGGUGCUGUUUAAUUCAGCGGAAAAGGACAGGAUGGACGGGGCCGGAUUAGAGUAUACAGAUGCAGAUCUCACUACGACGUCGUUACACGAUCAGAGUGGUCCUGGCGAGGGCAGAUCCACUGGAAGAAGAAAAGGGGAUGAGAAUAUGCCUGUUCCGAACGAGGACAUGCCCGAUCAUUAUAUAUACGUAACCUAUCCACCCGAGCUAAAGCAGCGAUUACUGGACAGUGAUCCUCCUGCUUGCAGCUGCUACAACAGAACCACUCGACUCUAAAGUCGAAGAGAUAGGAGAAGGUUGGGCAGAGAUUCGAUGGGGAAUAUGAGAACAGCUCGCUCCAUUUCGCGAGUCAGUCUCGUGGCUGACCACCUUCUUCCUUAUUUUUUCUCCUACCCUUGUUCUUCGUGUUUUGUAUAUCAACUGUGGGAAUAAAUUGCAAGAUGUA